AUGAAAAGUUCUGUAGAACUCUCUGCUGCCUGUCAUGAAUUUGGCAAGCUAGGAAGCUACAUUAAACUUCAGAGGCUUGGCAAGGGGAGUUAUGCCAAAGUUUAUAAAGGAAUCAGCAAAGUAAACGAAUGCUUUUGCACUCUGAAAGAAAUAGAAAUUGACUUUGAGGAAGGUAUUCCUUGUACAGCCAUACGUGAAGCGUCCAUUUUGAAAGUUUUAAAACAUGCCAACAUCGUUUCCUUGCAUGACAUUGUCUAUACCAAAACGCAUUUCACUCUCAUAAUUGAGUAUCUCGACAUGGACUUGAAACAAUUUAUGGAAAUUUCUAGAUCUCCACUCCCUAUAAAUAUAAUUCAACUUUUUGUUUAUCAAUUAAUACGGGGACUUGCUUAUUGUCACUCUAAAAAAAUCAUGCACAGAGAUCUAAAACCUCAGAAUCUAUUGAUUAACAUGAAUGGAGAACUCAAAAUAGCAGACUUUGGGUUAGCACGAGCUAAAGGGCUGCCGAUUGAUACAUUAUCGGAAGAAGUCGUGACACUUUGGUACCGGCCGCCGGAUGUCCUGCUCGGGUCGGUUAAGUACGACACUUCCAUUGAUAUGUGGUCUGCAGGGUGCAUUUUUGCUGAGCUUCUCCAAAGAAGUCCACUUUUCCCGGGAAAGGAAAAAGAAGAUCAAAUAAUAAAAAUAAUAAAACUUUUAGGAAUACCCCCCUCGCAACUUAGAAAUUCUAAAAUACUUUUAAGAGAAAAAUUUAAUAUAUAUUUUACUUCACAGAAAUAUGUGGAUAGAAAACUUUCCUUGGAGCACUUUCCCAGACUGGAUGCAUGCGGUUUAGAGCUAAUUUCUUGUAUGCUCGAGUACAAUCCCGAGAAGAGAAUUACUGCUAGCCAAGCUCUAAGGCAUUCUUAUUUUAAUAAUUUCCCCCGUGAAAUUUUCGGAUUGGAUCAUUCUUCAAUAGUCAUGCUAAAAGCGCGUCGGGCGAACGAGGUUUGUGCGCUGUCCCACAACUUGCGCCGGAUUGUUUUUAAAGAUUGUGGUCAGCAGCUCAAGCCUGUAGCUCAUGGCGGUGUACUAUUGCGCACAAACCAAGUCGCGUUUGUAAAAGGCGCAGCAGUUUGUUUUAUCGCACUUGAAGCUAGUACGUUCUUGCCGAUAAGUCAAAGGGCCAGGCAGGAGAUGCAUAUGUCAUAA